AAAAAAGAGGAACUUACACCAGAUGCAGAGCUAUUCAUUUUGAUCAUUUGACAGCUGUGUAGAAAAAAAAUACUCCAAAAAGGGGUUACACACCCUAAAAGCAGCAUGGGAAAGACUUCUCUCAUUGUGAUCUUCCUUUUGGGAGGUGAGUUUGUUAUUUACAAAAUUACUUGAAGGUGUCUUUAUCUAUUUUAGUGCAGGUUUGUUUGCAUCUUUCUGCAGAUGUUUGUGGGUUUCUUCAGAUCCACUUCUUUUUUUAUUCGCUCUUUCGGUUUUGUUGGAUGCCUAGGGAGCCUCAAGUUAUUCCUAAUGAUUUGCCCCCCAACAUGUUUAACUUUGUCUACCUUUUUACACUCAAAUAGGAUUGGAUGAUGUGAUAAACUUUGAAGGUGUUAGAGAGACCAGUUAUAAAAACUGGUUUUAUUAGUCAGCAGCAGUUUAAACCUGAUGAAGUAUUACAGUUUCUUCUUGUACACAAAAAGAAAAAAAAAAAAGCCAAUUUUUGUGAAAAUUCUCAGUGUUUUGACAGAGAAGCUGUGAUAUUUGUUGAUCUGUCUGUGUUUUAUUCAGGUUUAUGGGAGACUUCAGCUCAACAAGUAACAGCAGUGGCAGGAAAGAAGACCACUAUAACAUGCUCCCAUUCCUACGCAUCUUCAAACAUCAAAUAUUUCUGUAAGGGAGCUUGUCACGAUAAAGACGUCCUCAUAAGUAGCAGAAACAGCAAGAUUCAAGACUCAAAUAAAAAAUACAGUAUCAGAGAUGAGGGAAACACAUUCUACGUGACCAUAUUUAAUCUGAAAGAGGAUGACUCGGGAACUUACUGGUGUGGAAUAGAGAGAAAAGGUCUGGACACAUACAAUAAAGUAGUCCUCACAGUUGUAAGAGGUAAGUUGAGUCAGCUCUGUUUGAGAAACUCCUAUGACAUUGCUGUUGUUCAUUGCAUGCAUGAUAGAGACCUUUGCUCCAUUUCUUUUUUCUAAAAUGUGACCUAAGUUUCACAACCAUGUCUUCUCUCUUUCACAACACAGUCAUUCCAGGAAAGAAGAGGGGCAUUGUUAGAAUAAUUAAAAUGUGGCAAAAUAGAAUAAACCUAACUCUUUGUUUUGUUUCAUUAUCAGGGGAGGAAAACAAUGUAGACGACAGUAUGCCACAAUCAUCAGAUGAGAUAGCCGACACAGAGACAACAUCUUCAAGUGAGCAUUUGUCUAAUUGUGUUGUUCAUCUAUUAAGAGCACAAGAGCUGAGAGAUACAUUAUUGUUAAUACUUAAUUCAUUUUCUUUUCUCAGGGAAGCUGAUUUAUAUCGGCGCGGGUCUUGGCGUUGUUGUGCUGGCUCUGGCAGUUGUUCUUCUCAUAUUCUUCAGACAUCGAAACAGAAACAUCAGAGCAUCCUCUGGUAACAGACUGUCAUUUUAAAAAAAACAUGAUAGCUAAAAUAAAAGAGAGAAUGUGAAAAGAAAAAAAAAGCGAUAACACAAAGAUUUAAUUGAUGAACCCGGCACUGACCUCUGGAUUAACACUAUAACAAGCACCAAUCAACCACACUGUCAUUAAACGACACGCGCAAAAAAGAUGAGUAACAGCAGCAUUUCCUACAAACCUAAUUAAUGUGCUGAGUCAACUUAAGGGGAAACUUUAGUAUUUGUCAACCUGGGCCCUAUUUUUCAAUGUUUUUGUGUGUGUUUGACUGAUGGGAAGAACAGUCUCUGAAAUUGGUCCAGUAUAAAGGGAGGGUGGAGCAGCCGGCAGCUGCGAAACAAACUAAAACAUAGUUUGUCGGGGCAACAGCGCGUCAUCAAACUGUGUCUACCACAGGUGCUUUAUUUUACCACCGACAGGCUCAGAUUGAUAGAACAUUAAGGCAAAUGAAAGUUAUCCAGCUGCAGGAUGGCUUGUACUCAUGAAAACAAGGUUAUGGAUCCAUCGGUCUAUGAAUGAUUGAAAAGGGGGUGUCAAUUUUAUCAAAGUAUUAAUCAGCGGAUAAGUUAUUAAACAAGACUAAAUCUGUGAAAAUGUCUGCAACUCAUUGCCAGUGGUGGCUGGUUAUGGAUACACUACAUCUCCAACAGAGGCUUUUUUUUCCAUAUCUGUCGCUGGAUUGAAAUCUGUUCUGACUGGCGAACACUGAUUCAUUAUCUUUAUAUAUAAACGGCCCAUCUCCAAAUUAAAUUCAACAAAUCUCCCACAGGUUUUGUUGUUGUUGUUGAUGUGCCAGAUCAAAUGUAGGAGUACCCUGAGUGAAAUUCUUUCAUGAGAUCUUGCUAAAGUUUCUUGUGAUUGGCCUUCAUUUUUUUGUCCUCUGUGUCCCUGCUUAUUUUCCUGAUAUCAAUCACUAAAAAAGGGUUUUAUCUGACUGAGAAAUCACAAAAGCUGUAAAGGCACCUCAGUCAACACAGUGAUUUGGUGAUGAAAUAUGAAAAAAAAAAUGAAUAUUUUAAGUUGCACUUGCACUUAACUUUUUCUAGAGGAAUUUUCUGAAGAGAUAAAAUAAUAACAGAAUAAAGAUACCGAAAUUUCAUUUAUAUUUCCUGUAUUUAUAUUCCUUUCAAUGCAGCACUUUGGCUCCACCAAUGCUGAUUGUUUUCAGGAAGUGAAAGUUUAAGUUCGGUUUUCAUUUCUUGGGGGAUUUACUUUUUCUGUGCAAUCACUCUUUAUACAGGGAAGGUGCAAGAGACAGUCUAUGCAACAAUGUCUGGAGAAGUCACUACUUUCUCAGCCACCAACCCAGGAACAGCAGAUACCAGCAAAGAUCCCACAAAGAAUAUUUACACCAACGUCUCCAUCUCAUCUGAGCCUCAGGUCCAACCAGACAGUCUGUUUUACUCCACUGUCAGCUUCAACAAACACACUGACUGCAGCACUGUGACACCGUGCACUGCUGAAGUCACAUACUCUGCCGUCGAACGCAAACCUGAAGAUACAGCACCAGUUUAUUCCAACAUCUGAACCUGCAGAUGAUGCUCCUAAACCAGUGAUUAUAUAAGACUGUAUUCAUAGGUUGUUGUUUUUAAUUAUUUCCAAAUCUUCUUAAUUUAUGUGUGUUUUUAACUCAAUUUGUUAAGAUCUUGUGUGUAAAACAUGUGAAGCGAAUAAAAGUUUAUUAUAGAAACAA